CAUCUGUGAGUGCUUUCGUUCGUUCGUGGGGCAGCCACGCAGACUCCAAGCACAUCACACCUACUUGAUACGACUUCCUCGCAUGAAGUUGUUUUAGAGUUUUGGGUUUAAUAUUUUGCAGAAUACCUGGACAUGUCUUUGAAAAGUGUUGUGACUGGUGCUAGGCUGUGUGUCGCGCCAUUAAGGCAAGCGGCUGCUGCAAGACUAAGCACCAGUGCCAGGCAUGGUGUCAGCUACUCCCCUGUGCCGAAGCCCCUACAGGGGAAAAUGAAAUUGUUCCAGACUGACAACGGUCUCCCAGUGCACGUCAGAGGAGGACCUCUUGACAAAAUGCUGUACGCAAUAACGGCAGUUGUCUGCACUGUUGGAUUAAUCGAGUGUUUCCACGUCUACUACGUCCUUUCCUACACUGCCAAGAAGGACUAGUCGGGAUACAGUUUCAUUCCUUCAUUUCAACUGCAGUAAAUCUCACCUCAAAGAAAUUACUCUCCUUUCCCAAGGCAUAACAGAUAUUCUGCCAAAUAUUUCCUGGUUUCAAAAAUAUUCUUAGGAUAACUUCUUUCUCGCGCUUUUUUUUUUUUUUUUUUUU